AUGAAGAUCUCUUCACCCAUCGUUGCUGUUAUCUUUCAGCUUGCCAUGACAGCAUGUGCUGCUCCUGUUGGCAAGUCACCGCAACGACAUCAAGUUCUGAAACAUAUUCUCACAAUGUUAUCCCCAGCUAUUUCAAAUGCUGAAGUCGCCAACACUGUCAUUACUCGCAAUCCAUACGGAUUUCCAGCUGAAGAUGAAGGCGACAAUCCAGUCACUACUCGCGAGGCAUAUGGUUUCUCAGCUGAAGAUGAGACCGAUGGUUCCAUGAAAACAGAGGGUGUAGAGUGGCAUUACAAGAGAUGA